CCCGCGUUUUGGGAAACCAGAAGAGAGCACCCUCGUUUCUCCUCCACCCACGUCGCUGGCCAAGAAACACGAAGGCAGAGUGCAGGCCAUUCACGGCGUCUCCUUUCUCCUCCACCGUGACAUCCACCACGUCGCUGGCAGGGGCAGCAGCGCCACCAUCGGACUGCGAUUGACGAACGAUUUCGACCGCCACGACCACCACGAACACAGUUAUGGUGUAUGUGUGGUUGUUGUUCCUGUAACGGGCAGUACAUCAUAGAAGGCCUCUCCUCCGGCUUCAUGUUCGUGCUCGGCGGCAUCGGCAUCAUUCUCCUUGAUCUCGCGCUCGAUCGCAACCGCGCGAAGUCCGUCAAGGUCUCCUACGCCUCCGCCGGCGUCUCCUCCGUCGUCCUCGCCUACGUUAUGAGUAUGCUAUUCAUCCGCAUUAAGAUCCCCGCCUAUCUCAGAUGAACUCGUGCGCUUUAAGUCAUUUGUAGUUUCACUUUUGAUGAGGUUUCGUUUUCGCGGUUUCUAGGGUUGAUGAAAGUACAUUGGAUAUAGUAAUUGGAUCUGAUUUGGUGUUAUUUAUAUGGAAUGUACUUUUUGGAGUAAAUUUUUUGUGUCGCAGCUGAGUUUUCUUGUUUAUUUGACGUGCUCUCUGAAUGUGAUUUGUGGUUGUAGUUCGGAUCGUGAUUAGUGUUAAUUGUGGAUUGCAGCAUGUUUGUUAAGGGGGCAAUCGUGUUUGGUGAACUGCCUCGUUCUUAUACACUUAAACAUCACUCAGUGUUUGGAUGUUUUCUUCAUUAUUACUAUGAGAGACUGUUAGGUUAGGAAUUGCAGACAAUUCUAGGAGAAGAAAACUUGACAUUGAAAAUGGAAGUAGCGAUUCCAUUAUGGAUUGGGUGAUUGUGUUGUGUGUGUGAGCUUUAUGUAUACUUUUUCUUGUUUAGUUGUGGUUGUGGGAUGAUCUUGUUCUUCCUCUUGUUGGUAUGGUAUGUGUAUCCCUCUGUUUUUUGUGUUUGUUUCCUCUGUUUUGUGAUUGAGUGUCCUGCAUUCCCUUCACCCCUUUCUCUGUAACACUAUGCUACCGGGGUUUGAUGAUGGGGAGAUUUCAGAAGAUGGUCCUAUUGAUUUGGAGGGUUUAGAUGCUUCUGCAGCACAUGUUGCCAAACAAAUUAUACAACCUCUCAUCCAUAAUUAAUGCUUCUGUUUUUUUUUUUAUGUAACUGUUUGCACUUUGGUAAUGCUCCAUGCCUAAAGUACUCUAAUUCAGACUUGUUAUUGAUGUUGCAACAGUGUCUUGAUGACUUGCAGAGAGCAAAAUGUCAUUUAUAUAUAUUGUAGGGUUGUUUGUUUUGUGAUCAGUUAUAUUAUAUACUGCAGGGUUGUUUUUGUUGCAAUAAUUUUGUUGAAAUCUGAUUUUGGACUGAAAAUGUAACAUAUGGAAAAAAGCCCGCGGGCCAGCCCGUCAGCCCGCCAGCCGCCAGCUUGCGGGCCGGGUUCAAAAGUGUAACCUGUUUCACCCUUGCGGGCCAGCCCGGCCCGGCCCGUAUAAAUCGGGCCAAAAUCGGGCCGGGUCAAAACGGGCCGGGCUGGCCCGUUUUGACAUCCCUACUUUCACCCUCGUCGCCGUUCUCCGCCUAUUACCAGCUGACGCCGCCCUCUUCGCCGCCCCCUGCCUCCGCGACCUUUGGUCGCUCCUAAUCGGCUUCUCCCUCAACGCCGACAACCUCCGCCGCCUCCUCCUCGGCGAUAAGAGGCUUCAUCCUCCGUCACAUUGAUCCAGCCAGCAUCUCUAUGCUAACUUAGAAUCUGGAAAAUACAUUCUAUAGAGCUCUCACUUGUGAAGCUUUGAUGACAUUUUACUCAAAACUGAUCUCUGAGCUUGGGCGUGGACCACUGGCAACAAACAAGCUUCCGAGAGAUUGCUUAUUCUGGUUAUUCUGUCUAGUUGAACAUGCUCCGAGUAUUGUGUCAUCCCCUACCAAGACUUCAUAUUCCAGGUCCUUUGGACCUUACAAUCACAAGUGCAUGCAUCAAAGAACUUACAGAACACUGAGGAAUGUUUCAGGAGAUCCCUCCUUGUUUUGUCGGUCAGGUUUUCUUUUAAUGCAGCAAUCAAAUAUCUUUGGAAGACAAGGUAUUCUGGGAAGCUGGCUUCCUGCCAGAUACAUAAGUAAUGAAUCAGUUGAGCUGAAGACUGACAAUGAUGUUGUGCGGUUCUCUCUGGACAAGUCCGAUGAUAUUAAUUCUACAGAAAAGAGCCAGAAGAACAAAAAAGUUAAAAUGUCUAAAAAAGCUAAAGUGAACGAGCUUAGGUUCUAUCGUUUGAAAGCUAAGAAAAAGAUGAAUUCCCCAAAUCCAGAAGUUAGAAUUAGAUAUAAGCUUGAAAAGGCCAAGCGGAAGGAAGCUUGGUUGAUUGAGAAGCUGAGAAAAUAUGAUGUACCAAAACCCCUUCCAGAAACAUUUGAUCCUGAAAUAUUAACUGAGGAGGAAAGACAUUACCUGAAGCGCACAGGUGACAAAAAGAAACAUUAUGUUCCAGUCGGGAGACGGGGAGUAUUUGGUGGGGUAGUUCUUAAUAUGCAUCUUCACUGGAAAAAUCAUGAAACAGUGAAGGUUAUCUGCAAGCCUUGCAGACCAGGGCAAGUGCAUGAAUAUGCUGAAGAGCUUGCUCGACUGAGCAAAGGCAUUGUGAUUGACAUCAAGCCAAAUAAUACCAUCAUUUUUUACCGUGGAAAGAACUACGCACAACCGGAAGUAAUGUCUCCUCCAAAUGCAUUAUCAAAAGCAAAGGCCUUGGAGAAAUAUAGGUUUGGGCAAUCCCUUGAGCAUACUAGCCAUUUCAUUGAAAGGUUGGAGAAAGAGAUUGAAGAGUAUCAUCAGCACCUUGUAAAGUUUGGGAAAGGGAAAGAGGAUACCACCACUAAAGAUGGAUUGGAGAAGCGUGACUCUAAUUUUGCUGGUCACCAAAUGUCGCAUAAAUGAGGCUCAGACAACCUGAUCUUGUUGGCUUUGGAGGAAAUAUAUAUGAUGUCGACUAUAAUCAUUGGAUUUGUGUAUAAUCUGCUGCAAAUGGGGUUCUCAAUCUUCACUGUGGUAUCAGGGAAUCGUGUGUUAAGUGGUGAUGGUGGUUAUCUGUUUGAAUUUUUUGGUGAUAAGAUCAUAUCGUACUUUCUGAUUUCUGGUUCAUCUGCUGGAUUUGGUUUGACAGUUGAGUUGCGAAGAGGUGCACCCUCCAACUCAUUUACUGACAAGGCACACGCUUCAGCUAGUCUUCUUCUGAUUGGAUUUCUGUUCACUGCCAUAGCUUCAACUUUCACUUCCUUUGCUUUGUCAAAGAAAACUAAUAGUUAGUUAGCUUAAUGCAGAAAAAAAUAGUGAUGUUCGUGGAUUAUAAAUUUAAAAUUCUUUCUUAUUUCCAUGGUUAAUCUAUGGUUCAAUUUCUUUUGUUGGUGUCAUUCAAUUAUGGAUUUAUUUGUACCUUGUCUAUAUCUUUUUGACUGUGUUUCUCUUUCUGAAGAUAUGAAACAACUGUGUUCUUUGAAA